AUGGAUAACAGCACCCAGUCCCACGCUGGUGGCUUCCAGAGCCUCUGGCUCAACUUGCGGGGGAAACCCCUUGAUAUCACUUCCAGCCAGCUUCUCUCAUACGGCUUUUUGAUUGUAGCAGCAUACCCCGUUCUCGUGUCGUUUCUUCGCUUUCGUCGUCUGAAAUGGCUUCACAAGAAGUACAACUACCCAACUCGGGCGUCUCUCUCCCGCAUGACGGAUGAUGAGGCAUGGGAGAUCCAAAAGGCUAUGCUGGAGCUGGAGUUCCCCUUUAUAUUUGUCAAGGCUCUUCAGUUCGCAUUGUUCAGGACCUAUGGCAUACCCACUAUCUCCAGACUCCUCACCACUACCAGCCAAUUCUCUAAUCCCGACACGUCACUCAAACGCUACACUGAUACUAGCGCUUUGGUCCAGGAAUUCAUGGGUCACGCCCCAUCCUCAAAACGCGUCCUGGAGUCGAUCGCCCGAACGCGCUGGAUCCACAGCGGCUAUCGGUCUGCGGGGAAGAUCUCCGAAGACGACAUGCUAUACACGCUCGGCCUGUUUGCGAUCCAGCCGGUGAGGUUCAUCGAGAAAUUCGAGUGGCGUAAAUUGAGUGAUCUCGAGAAGUGUGCGAUUGGUACUUUCUGGAAGAGCCUGGGAGACGGGCUGCGCAUCAGUUACGACGCUCUCCCGUCCUCCAAGAAGGGAUGGCAGGAUGGGCUUCACUGGUUAGAGGAGAUCUCCGAUUGGAGCGACGAAUAUGAAGUGCGGUGCAUGCUGCCUGAUGCAAAGAACCGCGAAGUCGCUGACCAGACCACCGCCGUGUUGGUGUACAUGCUCCCUGGGCCGCUUAAGCACAUCGGACUGAAGUUCGUGUCUUUUAUGAUGGAUGAUCGGCUACGGAAGGCCAUGUUUGCCAACAUCAGAUUACUCACGCAACUCACCAGCUAUGAGCCUCCACCACCUUCGUACGCACGUUUCUUCUCCUUGCUGCUGUCCGCUCGUCGAUUCGCCUUGCGCUACCUGGCGCUUCCUCGGCCGUAUUUCCUCCGCUUCAGCAACUUCACUGAAGAGCAGGACGAGAAUGAACGCGUCUUCAUCACUCAGUGGGAUGCGGCCCCUUAUUAUGUCAAACCCACCUUCUGGAACCGAUGGGGACCAGUUGCUUGGUUGACCUGGGCACUCGGGCUGCCUCUACCUGGUGAUGGUGGCGACAAGUAUUACCCACAGGGCUAUUUCAUCCCCGAUGUCGGUCCGAAGUAUUUUGAAGGCAAAGGACGGAAGGCCUUGAACCAGACCAUAGAAGAACUGAAGACCUCUCGGACUGGUAAAUGUCCGUUCCAUUGA